AUGUUCGAAGAGAAUAUUAAGCUUAUAAUGAAAAAUGGUAAAACUAUAGCAAUUAACAAAAUUAAAACAAACUCCUAUGUCAUGUGUGAAGAUGGAGACAUUGCAAAAGUAACGGCUAUGACUAGAGAUUUACAAACCACUUAUGAAAUAGUCCAAGUCACUAAACAUAGGGAUGAAACCCAUGUAGAACGACCAAUUUUUCACAGAAUCCAAUUUAAUUGUUCCUUAGGACAUAUAUUAGAGUUAAGUGUACCUAGUAUACCAAAGUUGGAAAAAUCUUUGAAACAUGAGAGAUAUCUUGUGAAAAUAAAAAAAUUGGUUGAUUUCCAGACCAGUGAUGGUCGCAUUAUUGUCAUUCCAAAGGAUAAAUUCGUAAGUUUUCCUCUUACAACUGAAGGUGAAUACCAAGCUAGAAAUUAUAUGGAGACAGUCCAAAAGGAACAGCCAACAUACAUUGACUUUAGACUUGAACUAAGAGAUAUAGAUUAUUUAAACAGUCAUAUCAGAUUAGCAACUUUGAUGAGGUAUAGUCCAGUAAUAAAUGGCAACGGUAUUUUAUCUGAAUUCUUAACAGGUCAAAAACAUUUAAUAACUUCGGCAGUAUUAGGCAUGGCAUGGUUGCUUGGUUUAUGGAUUGGUGACGGAACAACUAGGCAUCCUGAAAUUUCCAUGGACAGUCAUGACAUUUCACUUUGGCAAGGUCUAUUAAAGAACGUUUCACCUUGGGGUCUAGUACCAACCUAUAAGGACGCUUGUAUUCCAUUAAGAGCUAAACAUGUAAAAUUAUAUUAUGGAAAUGCAGAUUCUAAAAGGAAACACCAAAUGUUCAGAACAAAUAACCCAUUCUGGAAGUGCCUUGUGAAACUGGAUUUUAAAAAUAAAGAAGAUGGUACGAAAAAAAUACCUGAAUUUAUGUGGCAUGAUGAUAUUGAAGUAAGAGAAUCAUUUCUGGCGGGACUAAUUGAUGCUGAUGGAUAUGUUGCGUAUGGUGAGAAGAACGGUGAUGUGUUUGGCGUUUCUAUUCAAACAAUAUAUCCCUCAGUUAUGAAUGGGAUUAUAAAUGUAGCUAGAUCGUUAGGUAUAAAGGCUUCUGUUACAACUAAACCAGAAAGAGAAAAUAUCAUCGAAAAUAGAGUAGUACAAUGCAAAUUCACUUAUGAAUGUACUCUUGUUGGAGAAUCUACGUUACAAAAUGUGUUAUCGAAAUGUCAAAGUGGUCACAAAAAAAGACCCAAACCGGUCAAAAUUUCUAGAGAACCUAUUAGAUUUCAUUUUGAAGAAAGGAAAAGAGGUUUAAAUUGGGUAUAUGGCUUUCAAACAGACAAAGACAAAACGAUUUUAUUGAGUAACUAUGUUGUUGUGACAUCUUGUAAUAAUCAUCAUUGUCACACAGAACAGAAGAAAUUUUCUCCUGAUAGAAAUCUUCGUCGUUGUAAAGCGUGUUCCAAAAUAAAUGCAAAAUGUUGCUACAAAGAUUGGACUGGAAGGCACAAUUUAUGCAGCAGAUGUAGAGCUCGAUACGUUGUAUCAGGCUAUAGAUGUCUUGAGUGUCAUUAUGUUCCAGACCAAAGAAGUAUUAAGAAAUUGAAACGUAACGAUAUGCCGUUAAGGUGUGAUAGAUGUCAGGGAUCUUAUUAUUAUGAUCCAAUUAGGGGACCUAUUGAUAAUAAAAUGAGUGUACUGCCAAGUCCCUCAAAAGAGCAAAAUCCAAAUAAAAUCUCAUGA